GCGAGAGUCCAGGAGGAUUCCGAAGUCGAUGAAGGCAUACUGGCGUCAGCUGCAGUCGCCCUCACAGAUCAGAAACCGCAUACUUCACUCGAAUCUCGUUGUUACCAUUCGAGUCCCGCGCAGUGCGCCGCAGCAGUAGUGGCUGGCUGGAAAUGCAGCUGCUCUCGAGGAGCAUCCUGCCUUCGGUUUGCACAUAGCGCGGCAGCUUGAGAUGCGUGUCCUGAUCCGGAAUCCGAGUGAUCGAGCUGUUCUGGCGAGUUCAUUCUGACCUGACGCUGGCUUAUUGGAGCGUUUGAAUUCAAGUAUUGGAGGUGCCAAAGUUGAAGUUGACAUAAGUCGCUCAUAACCACCAGUCUCCGCGAUCGUGCAGUGCCAGAAGCAGUACUCAAGCAAAGUUCUUCGUCACAGACAGAGAUCGAAGCAGCAGUUGUCGCGGAUCAGUGUGAGAAAUGCAAACGAAGGUUCUGGUCCUUCAUGUACUCGGAACUUCAGCACGAAAUUGAUCCCAGCACACGCAUAAGACAAGGUCUUCAAAUUGAGCUUCGAGGCAUGUUCAACUGGCAUGGGUGCACGAUGUAAUCAAACAAGAAUCUAUGGGUAAAGGUCAUGAGGACUUGAUCGCGGUCUUCGUCAAUCAUAGGAAAGGAGCAGAAAACAAAGAGCUAACCAAAGAAACUCCUUUGAAUACGGGUUUCACUUGAGAAUUGCCAACUGCAGGAGUUGAGAACUCUGCAGUUUGGUCUACUCAAACCGCUCGAAGACGAGAUGGCUCAAGAGUGCUUUAUCACGGCCAAGAAACAGAGCAUAUUCGCGCAGAGAUUAAACACUAAAACACGGAAGGAACCAGGGGCACCUUCAAAUGCGGACAUAAAUGGAUUCUGCGAAUAGAAGAGACGAAGACCGCUGCACUGACAGAAGAACACCGAAGCUUUGUGCCUCAAUCUCAGCUCUAAGCAGAGGCUUCAGCUGCGGUUGGGAGCAGGCCUGAGGUACAGAAAGAAGAUGGGAAACAAAUCAGCUUGAGGGUUCAGCGAGCCGAUCAUUCCUGUUUCCUCCAUUACCUCGUGCGAUCGCAGGCUCCUGAGGGGGUUGCAAGAUGGUGACAUACCUAUGGACUCCGAGGCCGAGGCACUGUACGAGGAUAACGAAGGACCGUGCCCAGUACAGGACGGGAAUGUACCACAAGGGGUUCAAGGUGGCCGAUGAAGCCAAACGGAAAAAGGCCAUCCGGCACCUGGUGACGGACUAUGCGCACAUUUUACCGAAGCUGCAUUGUCCGUGGGACGACACUCCGAAGAACGACGUCAACCCGGCUCUGCUGUACCACGGUCUCAGAAGCACGAGCGUCACCCAAAGACUCAACCCCCCGGUUCCCACCCAUUCCGCACAUCCGGAUUUGCGUGACGCACCCAAUGAAUGGCACGGCCGUCAGGCGCAGGAUGUGACGGAAAUGUACACUUUCAUGAGCAGGGGCAGGAAACCGCCGUCCCGGGAGUACUAUCACGGCAGAGAAGCCACCGACAUUUCCGACCACCUGCGCAUCAUCCCGCCGAUCGCCCCCGAGGGAGAGGCCCAAGAGUUCUACGGCCGGCCCAAGAGCGACGUCACGGACUACAACAUAUUCCCGCCGCGCAUCGAAGAGACCUUCAGCCGCUCGGACGCGGCUCGGCCUCUGGGGAAGUGCCCGACGGGAGCCAUGGUCGACUACGUCCCGCUGGUCCGAGACAAAAACGGGAAGCUGCUCAGACCGCAGCCGGUGUCCCCGCCGAAGUCACCUUCGAGGAGGCACGACCCGAACCCCGAGCCGAUGAAACCCGGAGGAGGGGGCAUCCUCGCCCAGGUGGUCGCCGGCCACAGCCGGUCGGAGGCCAAGCGACCUCUGGGCCAGUGUCCGCCCGGAGUGAUGGCCAACUACGUGGAACUGCAGCGAGACGCGGACGGCAAGGUGAUCGUUCCGCAGACUAGCAAGAUCCUGGAUGACCCUCCGGGCUGGAGGCCCGACGGGAGAAAGGCGCGGCCGCGGAUGGAUGAGAACGAGGAACGAAUCAUGCGGUACUCGAACGACCGCUUGCAUCCGCUGGGUAAGGUCCCAGAGGGCGUCAUGGCCGACUACCAACAGGUGGACCGGCCGCCCCACAAGCACACCACGGACGGACUUUGGAGCCCGCCCACCGAGUGGCCCAAGGAGAAAGGCGGCAUGGCCAAGUGGUCGCCCGGGCCCAUGUCGCAGUCGCAGUCGGCGUGCAACGCCGCCGAAACCCUGCAGGGCGCCUCGAGUUUGCUGAGCGGGCUCCGAAGCGCGAAGGUGUGCCGCCACAGGAGCGCGCGGGACCUCUCGCCGGGCGCCGCGGCCGCGCAGGGCCUGGCGUGCGCGCCAGGCGCGGCGAAUGUCAAGUGGCCCAACGACGGAGAGCUGGAGCGCGGCCCGUGCGGGAAAAUCAAAUCGCCGUGCUCGCAGCGCUCCAAGAGCCCGUUGAGCAGUUCGGCCAACGCCAGCCCGACGUGCCAUGGCUCCGCCAAGGCCUGCGACCCGAUCAAACACGAUCCGCGCGUUGCCAAGCCGAGCUCGAUCUGCGGAGGGUGCCCGAAGAGUGGCGAUGGCGCGAGGCCAGACACCGCCUGCGUGCGGCCCGUGUACAUCGAGAGCAGUCCGCAACAGGGAUCGCCGUCUGGCGGAAAGAAGCCGCCUUCGUGCGCUUCGUCCGGGCGUCCCGGAAGCGGAGGCAGUGGGGCGGGAUCGGCCAAAGGAUCGUGUGCCUCCGGUGGCAGCGCUGGGUCGAAAGCCUCGCAGAGUGCGAAUCAGCGCAAGGCGAAGAAGAAUCGAGUCAUUUCCCCGCUGACAUCUCCCGAGCAUUAUCAGUUUCCGUAUUUCGGUCACUCCAAGACUUACGUAACAGAUCCGGCCAUUUCUCCCAAUUUGACGCCCCCCGGGCGACGAUCCAUGCGCUUGCCCGGUCAAGAAAACAUGCCCUUCGCUGGGGUUGCCUCCGGCCAUGGAAAAGGACCCAAAUCCAAGUGUGGUAUGGUGAGGCCUCCUAACAUCAAUCCUCAUCUCCACGACGGGAAAACGUCAUGGUUUGGUAGGACCAGGACAUUUGUUACAGAUCCCGCUGUUUCUCCCAAUCUCACUCCGCCCAACCGGGGGUGAGACUCAGAGGUUUUUCUAAACGGUAGAUUGAGCACCGCUUUCUUUCACCUGCCUUCGAUCCACGCAAAAAGUUUGAACCUAGAAGUCCGGCAUCACACGGCCACUCCAGCUGCCGCUGGUGUGAUUGGCUGAUUAGUCAGUCAGGCGUGUCUAAGUUUUGCUAGCACUGGCAGACUCCAUUAUGAGGCAUUUGAAUACAAUUCUAAGUAUCAUGUUUUCAGUCGAGUCCUGUGAAGUUUGAUAUUUUAAGGUGCCCUCACGAAAGUGUACAAGGUACGUUCUCCUCCAGAUCAAAAUGCAUAUAUUCGAAAUAAAUCAGGUAAUGCGUUUCACUCCGUAGCCCUAUUAGAUGUACCGGUUUAGAUGUCUGAACACUGUAAUGGUUGCCACUACUUCCUUAUGACUUUGAACAUGAACCCAUAGUACUGCCCAAGUCAAUUCCAGAUGUCUAGGUAUCUGCCCUUUCUUCUGCAUCAGCAACUUGCAGAGGAGCGAACAAAGCUGCAGAUUUAUUAAAGUGGCAUGUUCCUGACCCUGGUCAUACAACGAAGAACACGAGUAAAGGCAACUGUUUUCUGGACACGGAAGCAGAUACUCUUCUCGGCAGGAUUCAGAGUAAAGGCCUUUUCGCUGGACCAACGAAGGUUCUUACUGUUUCGAAGCAUGAAUUGGAGGGUUUAAACUUCUCAUGGUCAGAAAAGCUUUUUGAGAUUAGCAUUUCUGGCAGUGUAGAUUACAAACCUUGUUCAUCGUAGCUAUUGUACACAGGUUUUACUCAAGUGAAUAGUAAAUAGUAAGUCCAGCAAAGGUGGGUACGCUGAGAAGGUACCUAUAAUCAGCGUGAGAUUUAUCACACGCGUUCAGCACAUUUCUUGAUCCAACAGUUUUUGACUUAGUAAAGAAGAACCGGUCACGAGUUUUACUUCGAGUAAAAAUUA